CGCCGGACGCAUGAGCGCGGCGGCCUGGUAUAGGUAGCAGGGCAGACACAAUGUCCCUAUUUAAGAAGCCCAAGAAGAAUAUACGCCAGCGAGUGGUUGUCGAUUAUAGUGAUGAAGAGAAUGAGGCAAGCAAUGAGGCAUUAGAAACCACAACUAAAGCAGAUAAUGAUGACGGCAUGGAUGGGAUUGGAGACUCAAAAGAGAACAGUAUGGAUACUAAAUUGGAGAAGAAGAAAAAGAAGAAAAGAGAAACAGCAGUUGUAAGUUUUAUGGAUGAAGAGGAAGAAGGAGAGGUGUUUCAAGUGAAAAAGUCGAGCCAGAGCAGAAGGCUUGCAAAACAAAUUGAGAAGGAGAAGCGAAGGAGAGAAAUGCUGGAGAAAGAAGCUAGCAAUGGAAAUGAAGCAGAUAUAAAGCUGGAGCCCGUGUCGCCGCCGGCCGUGCCGAACGCUGCUGAGCCGGCCGAGUCGGGGAUAACAGGGGUGCGUGUGCGUGCGCGUGCUGGCUGGUAA